AUGAUAGCUAGUCAUAAUGGUCAUACCCAGGUUGUUGAACUACUACUCAAAGAUAAUGCAGAUGUUAAUAUUCAGGAUGAAGGUGGAGUGACUGCCCUAAUGUUAGCUAGUCUAAAUGGUCAUACCCAGGUUGUCGAACUACUACUCAAAGAGAAUGCAGAUGUUAAUAUUCAGAGUGAAGAAGGAAAGACUCCCCUAAUGAUAGCUAGUCAUAAUGGUAAUACACAGGUUGUUGAACUACUACUCAAAGAGAAUGCAGAUGUUAAUAUUCAGGAUGAAGGUGGAGUGACUGCCCUAAUGGCAAUAGAAAGACAGACAGAAGGAACAAGUGAUCAAGAUAGAAGCUCUUCCUGUGGUAACUCUGUAGAUCAUUCUAAUAACAUAGCAAAGUGUCGAUGUUACAGAAAAAAGUGA